CCGCUGGAGGGAUUGGGAAGGGCGCUGCUCUCCUCUUCAGCGGGGAUAUUUGUGAGCACCCUAGUGUAGGGAGAUUGCAAAUUAUUGUCCAGAGCAACACUCUCCAUGGAGCCUUUACUCCUGGAUCGCCUUAUGAACAGUUGGGAGGGGCAGGUUUCUGGGCUCAUUUUCUAUAAACUGCCAACAGGUCUCUCCCCGCUCCUCCUUCCUCACUGGAUUCAAGCCAGUAAAAGCUCUCAACUCUGAAUCCAGUGUCUUCAUCUUCCCCUGCUGCUCCCUGAAUCUCUACCACCCCAGCUUCUGUGCACCAAGUUUUCCCAGAGCUUAUCUAGACAUCCCCUUCCCCUCACCUAGCAAUGGCAGAGAAUGAUGUGGACAAUGAACUCCUGGAUUAUGAAGAUGAUGAAGUGGAGACAGCAGCUGGGGGGGAUGGAGCUGAGGCCCCUGCAAAGAAAGAUGUGAAAGGUUCCUAUGUUUCCAUCCAUAGCUCUGGCUUCCGUGACUUUCUACUUAAGCCAGAGUUGCUCCGGGCCAUUGUAGAUUGUGGCUUUGAGCAUCCAUCUGAAGUCCAGCAUGAGUGUAUUCCUCAGGCCAUCUUGGGAAUGGACGUCUUAUGCCAGGCAAAGUCAGGCAUGGGAAAGACAGCUGUGUUUGUGUUGGCCACGCUGCAGCAGCUGGAGCCAGUCACUGGUCAGGUUUCUGUGCUGGUGAUGUGUCACACUCGAGAGCUGGCCUUUCAGAUCAGCAAGGAGUAUGAACGCUUCUCCAAAUACAUGCCUAAUGUCAAGGUGGCGGUGUUUUUUGGCGGUCUAUCAAUAAAAAAGGAUGAGGAGGUGCUGAAGAAGAACUGUCCACACAUUGUCGUGGGGACCCCGGGCCGUAUUUUAGCCCUGGCCCGAAAUAAAAGCCUCAAUCUCAAACAUAUUAAACAUUUUAUCUUGGAUGAGUGUGACAAAAUGCUCGAACAACUCGACAUGCGUCGGGAUGUCCAGGAAAUUUUCCGCAUGACCCCCCAUGAGAAGCAGGUCAUGAUGUUCAGUGCCACCCUGAGCAAAGAGAUCCGCCCUGUCUGCCGCAAGUUCAUGCAAGACCCAAUGGAGAUCUUCGUGGAUGAUGAGACGAAGCUGACGCUGCAUGGGCUGCAGCAGUACUACGUGAAGCUGAAGGACAAUGAGAAGAACCGAAAACUCUUCGACCUCCUGGACGUUUUGGAGUUUAACCAGGUGGUGAUCUUCGUGAAAUCUGUGCAGCGCUGCAUUGCCCUGGCCCAGCUCCUAGUGGAACAGAACUUCCCUGCCAUUGCUAUCCAUCGUGGGAUGCCCCAAGAGGAGAGGUUGUCCCGGUAUCAGCAGUUCAAGGAUUUCCAGCGUCGUAUCCUUGUGGCUACUAACUUGUUUGGCCGGGGCAUGGAUAUUGAACGAGUAAACAUCGCCUUCAACUAUGAUAUGCCAGAGGACUCAGACACCUACUUACACAGGGUGGCUAGGGCAGGCCGGUUUGGUACAAAGGGUUUGGCCAUCACAUUUGUAUCAGAUGAAAAUGAUGCCAAAAUCCUCAAUGAUGUCCAGGAUCGCUUCGAGGUCAACAUCAGUGAACUGCCUGAUGAGAUAGACAUUUCUUCCUACAUUGAGCAGACUCGGUAGAGGCCUUGGCCUGUCCUUGGAGUAUGAUACCCUCUCCCUCCCCAGGAGCUGAACACUCGGGUGCGGGGGUGAAGGAGACACUACUGCCACCUACCCCCAGCCUCCCGCCCCAUGGCCCUGUUCAUGUCAUCCCCCAAACUCCCUUAUUGAUUUGCCCUGUCGGAUUUUUUUUUAACAAAACUAAAAAUGAAACAAAAAAGCA